CGCGGCCAGGUGAGGCGCCCCGCCCCUCGGCGGCUCCAGGUGCGGCCGCGGGCCGUCAGAGUUGGGGCAAGGGCCAGGCGGGGCAGCCAGGGCCGACGGCCGCGACGCUAUGGCCGCGUCCCAGCUGAGCUGCCUGGACGAGGCGCACGUGAACGAGAAGGUGACCGAGGCGCAGGCCGCCUUCUAUUACUGCGAGCGGCGACGGGCCGCGCUGGAGGCUCUGCUGCGCGACGGCGAGCCGGCCUACCGCGAGCGGGUCCAAAAGGAGCGGCUGCGCAACUUCCUCUCCAGCCAGGAGCGCCAGGCCCUCCGCGCCGCCUGGAGCCCCUACGAGGACACCACCAUCCCCGCGCGGGGCAAGAGCAAAGCCAAGCCCAAGGGCCCCGCACCCGCCCCUGCCGAGCCCUCCGAGUCGCUGGCCUACUGGCCAGACCGCUCCGACACCGAGGUGCCCCCGCUGGACCUAGGCUGGACUGACAAUGGCUUCUUCCGCGGCGUGAGCCGUGUCACCCUCUUCACCCAUCCCCCCAAGGAAGAGAAGGCACCACACCUCAAGCAGGUGGUCAGACAGAUGAUCCAACAGGCCCAGAAGGUCAUUGCUGUGGUCAUGGACCUCUUCACUGAUGGUGAUAUUUUCCAAGACAUUGUGGAUGCUGCCUCUAAGCGCUGGGUCCCAGUGUACAUCAUCCUGGAUGAGGCAGGAGUGAAGUAUUUCCUGGAGAUGUGUCAGGGCCUGGAGCUCCCUGACUACCGGAUUCGGAACAUCCGCGUCCGCUCUGUGACAGGCGUCGGCUUCUAUAUGCCCAUGGGGAAGAUCAAGGGGACUCUGUCAUCGAGGUUUCUGAUGGUGGAUGGUGACAAAGUAGCCACUGGAUCCUACAGGUUCACCUGGAGUUCCUCUUACGUGGACAGGAACCUUCUCCUCCUCCUGACAGGGCAGUACGUUGAGACCUUCGACGUGGAGUUCAGGGAGCUGUACGCCAUCUCCGAGGAGGUGAACCUGUUCAAGAACCUGGGCCUGGGAGGAGCCGCGGGCAGACUUGCUCCCAACUACUCCUCCACCGUGGCCCGCAAGCUUAUCAACCCCAAGUACGCCCUGGUGGCGGGCAGCCGCCACCCUCCGGGGGAGAUGAUGCGCUGGGCUGCCCAGCAACAGCGGGGCCCGAGCGGCACCCAAGAGGGGCAGGAGGAGGGCGGCGGAGGUGGCGAAUCAGCCCGGCGCCUGGAGAGCUUCCUGAAUGACCUGGUCACGGUGGAGCAGCUGCUGCCCCCCGUGGAGCCCAUUCCCUCCAGAGAGCUGAGCCGGAAGGAUGGUAAGAUGGGCUCUCACACGCACAUAGACCUGAAGCCCAAGGCCCGAGAGGCACCAGGCCAAAACGGCAAGGGGGAAGCGGCCAACGGGGACGCCGUCCCGACCAAGGAGAGCAAGCGCUUCGGCAGCAGGUUCUUCAGUCGACGGACCAAGAGGCCUGCGGCGUGCAACAGCAUGGCCAGCUCCCUGUCCACCGAGACGGUGACCGACAGGGACUUGCUGAUGGGGAAGAGGCCCACUGAGGGCUCCAGCACCAACAUCUCAGGUAAAACAAGUCCCACUCCUGGCAAGCCCAGCAAUUGCGUGAUUUCCUGAGCCACAGGAGACCUGUGGAUGGCCAUCUGUCCUGCCCUGUGCUGUGAAGAGCGCAGGGCUCAAUCUGCAACAGUUUGCACACUGAACACCGACCAGCCUCGGGGCCUGGACUCCAGAUGAGAGGCUCUGGGGCAUCUCAAGACCAUCACGUGCCUCCGUCAGACGGCCAGAGACCAGGCAGAUGCCACUGCCGCCAUGUUUACAUGAUGUGGAAGCUUGACUAGCGUCCACUCUCCUUUAGGCUAACCGCCCCCCACUGGGCCAGCCCCAGAGCUGCAGGUCCCCCAGUGGAACAAGGGCCACUACUUCUUAUGCUUCAGUGAGAUGAGGUCUGCAGGGCAGCCUCAGCCACCUGGCUUCCCCUCUCCUGGGCUUCCUACUGCUUUCUUACCCCCCAGAGCGGGCAGAAGGAAGGGAAGAGGAUGGGGCUCUGAGGUCAGGGAUCCCGAGUUCCAGUUUUGCUCCAGCCACAGGACACAAGGUGGAAGCUGUCCCAGGACCCCCAGGGCGCUGGCUGCUGUCACCUACCUGGCCCAGUCUCCACAGGCUCCUGCACCAGACUGAGUGCAAUGGGGAAAGGAUUUGACACUGCCAGUUUGGGAGCCCCUUUCCCUUGCUCUGUGCCACCCUGGCAGGCUCUGCCUGGGUGCCGCAAGCUUCCUGGGCCAGUGCCUGCCGUGAGCCUCCAUGGGGUUCUUAGGGUGCCCUUCCCUGGACCUGCCCAUCCCCUCAGUAAGGCUUGGGUUUGCAGCCUAAUGAAGGGAGAGAGACGAGGCAGGAGUGGGGGCCGCUGGGUGCCCAGGACAAGAGUAUCUGCCCCUUCCUCCCCAGAUGGUCCUUGGUCCCUUUCACCCUCCAGGACUUCCCCAGUUACGUGUCAGCCAGAGACCAGCCUUAGCCCCCUGCGAAAAGUCAGGCUAUAACAUGGUGCUGGGCAAGGGCAAGCAGUAAAUGAUCGCACGCACGCACACACUCACACUCACACUCACACACUCAGGUGACCGGUACUGGCUGAGCCAGGUGAAUGGACCAUGGAGGAACUGUCCAGCUGAGGGCUCUGAGCCGGCCCUCCCCGUCAGGCGGCGUGCUGGAGGGACAAAGGGCUGAAGCGUCCCAGGGAAGGGCCACAUGGCGGCCUUUGUCAGCUUCUGCCCUCUGAGCCGAGCUCUUGUCCCUCUUCUCUCCUUAUGAAAAGCACUGGGACACCACCCAUUCUGAGGAAAGGACACAGAUGUCUACAGGACAGCUGAUGACAGGCAGGGAGGGGCACACGGGUUGGCAAGUCUGGGGCCUUGGCGGAGAGUCAGGUCUCCCCAGGGGCAGGGGGAGCAGGGGAAGGGAAGGCGAGCCUGACCCCAGGGCCUUGUCUUGCCCCUGAGGCCCGCUCCCAGCUGUGUGGGGAGGGACCCUGACCCACCUCCCCCAGCCUUCUUGAGGAUUAAACACUUCUGGGAAAUGCUUCCUCAUGCACCAA